GCAACUCUGUAACUAUGGAGCGCAGUCAUGGGGCAGAAAUCGGACAAAAAACAAACAGUGUGCUGUCAUCAGAGAGGGGCCGCUGAGGAGUAAUUCAGAAGUGGACAGAAAAAAAGAGGAGGAGAGAAGCUUGUGGAUGAAAGUAGCGUCUCCGGGGAUCGUUUUCGUCUUGUACGACUUUGGACAACAGGAAAAGAUUUGGAGGGCAGCUGUUAGCAUCGAAGAAACUCUUCAGAGGAUGUUGUUUUUCCCUGUUGGUGUGUUUUCUGUGGGAUUUUCACACUCCAUCCAAAGUGUCAACAGACUGGAGAACUGGCUUUUUCGAGGUUUUCUGCUGCUAUCCCUUUGGAAGUAAUUGUUGGCAAAAGUUGGAGCGAAAGAUUUGUUUCUUCGGAGACUCUGUGUGUGUGUGAAUUAGUGUUUGGAUUAUGCGAGAGUUUUCUUGCACUCGUGCCAGGAUCUUAGCGCGUUUAUUUAUUUAACUCUCGUACAUGAGAAGUUCGCUGCGUGUGAUGCGAGGUCGCGAAACAGCGAGUUGCCUGUCUGUCCUCGAAGCAGACAGACACGGGGAGGGACAGACAUGCGUUUCCAUGGCAACAAGUGGCUGUAGCCCCUUCCCCAUGUGCUGGGAUAGAGAAUAUGACAGACACCUAGCAGCGGCAGUGUCAGCAGGGAAAACCAUGGCGACAGCCUACCUGGACCCCAACCUCAAUCAUACCCUCCUAGGCGGUGCCAAGUCGCGACUGAGCGCGGGGGGAUCGGACCGAACCAUGGCCGGCUCCAUGGACAGGGUCCUGAAAGUCUUCUAUCACUUUGAGAUCAACACUGAGAACAGCUGCUGGUCUUCCAAUAUCAGAUACGGAGAUGCAACUGAUGUCAGGGGGAUCAUCCAGAAGAUUCUGGACAUCCACAAAGUGCGCUGGACUUCAUGUUUCGGCCUGCGCCUCAGUAACAGCCAAUCCAGAGAUCAAGUGCACUGGCUCCACCCAGAUAUGGGCGUGUCCCACGUCAGAGAGAAAUACGAACAGGCACGGCCGAACGAGGAGUGGAGGUAUGAGUUAAGGAUCCGGUAUUUACCAAAGGGCUUUGUGCAGCAGUUUACAGAAGACAAACCGACGCUCAACUACUUCUACCACCAGGUGAAGAAUGACUACAUGACAGAAAUUGGGGAUCAGGUGGAACAAGAUGUAGCUCUCAAACUGGGCUGUCUAGAAAUCAGGAGGUUCUUCAAAGAGAUGAGAGGAAACGCCCUGGACAAGAAAUCCAACUAUGAACUAUUGGAGAAAGAUGUUGGUUUGAGGCGGUUUUUCCCUAAAGACUUGUUGGAUUCCGUCAAGGCGAAAACUCUCCGUAAGUUGAUUCAGCAGACGUUUAAGCAGGUGGCCAAUCUCAACGACGAGCAGUGCAUCCUGAAGUUCCUGGAGGUACUCGCACCGAUCUACCGCUAUGACAAGGAGUGCUUCAAAUGUGCCCUUGGGUCCAGCUGGGUGAUCCAGGUAGAGUUAGCCAUCGGGCCAGAGGAAGGGAUCAGUUACCUCACCGACAAGGGAUCCACGCCCACCCAUCUAGCAAACUUCAACCAAGUCCAGUCCAUCCAGUACUCAGCUAUGGAGGAGAAGGACAGGAAAGGCAUGCUGCAGCUGAACGUAGCCGGAGCUGCUGAGCCUCUCACAGUUACAACAGCAUCGCUCACCCUGGCGGAGAACUUGGCCGACUUGAUUGACGGUUACUGCCGGCUCGUCUCCAUGGAAACUCACUCCUUUAUCGUCAGAGUUCAGAAAGAGGGAGAGAGAGCGCUGCCUUCCAUCCCAAAACUGUCUAAUAAUGAGAAAAAGUUAGAAGCAGUCAGGAGCGGAGUAAGAGCGAUCUCUGUCUCAGAGACUGAUGACUAUGCAGAGAUAGUUGAUGAAGAGGACACAUACACCAUGCCCUCCAUGAGCUAUGGAGUAGUUGAAGCGCGGGACUAUGAGAUCCAGAGAGACAGGAUAGAGUUGGGUCGCUGCAUCGGAGAGGGGCAGUUUGGCGAUGUACACCAAGGAGUCUACAACAGUCCAGAUAAACCGUCUCUACCUGUUGCCAUCAAGACCUGUAAGAACUGUACGUCCGACAGCGUCAGAGAAAAGUUCCUACAAGAAGCACUAACGAUGCGUCAGUUCGACCACCCUCACAUCGUUAAGCUGAUCGGAGUGAUCACAGAGAACCCUGUGUGGAUCAUCAUGGAGCUCUGCACUCUUGGAGAGCUCCGUUCGUUCCUUCAGGUGAGGAAGUACAGUCUCGACUUGGCCACGCUCAUUCUGUUUGCCUACCAGCUCAGUACAGCGCUGGCCUAUCUGGAGAGCAAACGCUUUGUACACAGGGAUAUAGCAGCACGUAAUGUGUUGGUGUCUUCAGUUGACUGUGUGAUGCUCGGGGACUUUGGUCUGUCGCGAUACAUGGAGGACAGCUCUUACUACAAAGCCUCUAAAGGUAAACUUCCCAUUAAAUGGAUGGCUCCUGAAUCAAUCAACUUCAGGAGAUUCACAUCUGCCAGUGACGUCUGGAUGUUUGGUGUGUGCAUGUGGGAGAUCUUGAUGUACGGCAUCAAGCCCUUCCAAGGGGUGAAGAACAACGACGUGAUCGGCAGGAUAGAGAACGGCGAGCGGCUGGCGAUGCCCCCCCAGUGUCCGCCCACCCUCUACAGUCUGAUGACCAAAUGCUGGUCGUAUGAUCCCAGCAAGAGGCCGAGAUUCACUGAGCUGAAAACACAACUCAGCACCAUACUGGAGGAGGAGAAGCUUCAGCAGGAGGAGAGGCUUCGAAUGGAGAUGAGGAGGCAGGUCACUGUUUCCUGGGACUCUGGAGGUUCUGAUGAAGCACCGCCCAAACCCAGUAGACCUGGUUACCCCAGCCCUCGCUCCAGUGAAGGCUUCUUCUCCAGCCCGCAACACAACCACUUCCCGCCUUCAGCCCAUGGUGGUGUAGGAGGCAUAGGAGGCAGCUACCCCCCGACUGAUUCCUGGAAUCCGCACAGGCCUGAACAUACUGCACUGUGGAGCCCAAACAUGGAGGAGGGUGGAUGUGUAGGCCAGGCGCAGAUGGAGGAGAGGCUGAUGAUGCAGCAGCAACAGAUGGAGGAUGACCAGCGGUGGCUGGAGCAGGAGGAGAUCUUCAUGAAAACAGAGUCCAGAAACAGCAGAGGAAGCAUCGACAGAGAGGACGGCACGCUACAAGCACCGGGUGGGAGCCAACAUAUCUACCAGCCUGUAGGGAAACCAGAACAUGUGGCUCCUCCUAAGAAGCCGCCCCGUCCUGGAGCUCCUGGCCACCUGGCCAACCUGGCCAACCUGUGCCCUGUAGACAGCUACAACGAGGGGGUCAAGUUGCAGCCUCAGGAGAUCAGCCCGCCGCCCACCGCCAACUUGGAUCGCUCUAACGACAAAGUGUAUGAGAAUGUGACGGGAUUGGUUAAAGCUGUGAUCGAGAUGUCCAAUAGGAUUCAGCCUGCAGCACCGGAGGAGUACGUCCCCAUGGUCAAGGAGGUGGGUCUGGCUCUGAGGACUCUACUGGCAACAGUGGACGAGACGAUUCCUGUGCUGCCAGCCAGCACACACAGAGAGAUUGAAAUGGCCCAGAAGCUGCUGAAUUCAGAUCUGGCAGAGUUGAUAGCGAAGAUGAAACUGGCGCAGCAGUACGUCAUGACAAGUUUACAAAAGGACUACAAGAAACAGAUGCUAAUGGCAGCUCACGCCCUCGCGGUCGACGCCAAGAACCUGCUGGACGUCAUCGACCAGUCGCGGCUCAAGAUGAUCAACCAGACCCGCCCGCAUUAGCCCGGGAUCCUGUCGAGUUUCUGCCGCAAGCACAUCCGAAAGCAGGACGACGAAGACGGCGGAGUGUGCUCGGCUAAUUCAUUAGAGAUGGAUGGAUGGACAUUGUGGUGGAAACGUGAAAACAGUGAACUGACGGACAGCAGACACGACUGACUGAAACAAUCAGCCCCCCUCUCCUCCUCCCUCAAACAUUCACCACUUCCUUUCUCUCUGGAAACACUCAUGUUUUGGUCAAUAUUGUCUUGUUUUGUACUUAAUUUGCAUUGUUGGCUUUUGUAUCCAGAGAAACGCUCUUCUCUCUCUCUUUCUCUCAUCACACAUUCUCAAAGAUCCUCCCCCCUUCUUUCUUUCUUUUUUUUUUAAAUUUUUAAAUCACCCGUUUUUAAUCUCUGAAGAAAGUGAAUCAAAUAAAGGUUUCGGAGGCUCACCUGAAGGACUUGGCAGGUGUUUUGGUGAAUGGACGCAUCGGAAUUCGCCACAGAAACACACGGCUUACACUCUCCAAUAUGCAGGACGCAACAACUGGAACUGAAGAGCCAGCAUGAGAAGAUAAUGAAGAUGAUUUCAUAAUGUUGUUGUUUAAACAUGCUUUUAUAUCAUUAAUUAUUAUUAUUAUUAUUAUUAUUACUAUUUCAGCCUUGACUCUUGCAGUAUGUCUCUGUUAGAUUUUCAGUCUUUCUCUCGUAUGAGCAGAAGUUCAGAAGCUCAUUAAUGUCAUAACUUCAUCUCUUCUCUCCUUUCUAUAGACCUCUUUAUCUCAGGCACCAAGAGAUGGCGUAAAAGCUGAAUUUUGAAGAACCAACUAAAUGUCUUUUUAUGGGGAAAAAAAAAUAAUUUAAAAACAAAAAAAAAAACUGCCACAGGCCACUUUUUAAGUUAACUUACAUAGUAAAUAUACAAAGAAGCUCUAUUUUUAACACAUUUCUGAGGCAUGAAUUGUUAGUGAAUAAGGGAGAGGGAUGAACAAAGGGGGAGAGCGGAGGAGACAAAGAGCUGACGAGUGGAGGGAGGGUGGCUUUUAAUUAACAGCGGAGGUGCUGAUACCUGUGCUACAUGAGUUGUUUUUGACAAAAAAAGGAACAUUUCAUUCAAAAUUCUUUAAGUCGGUAACAAAAUAACAAGCAACAGUUUAUUGGCUGUUUUUGUAAAAUUUUCCUGAAAAAAAUGUUUUAAAAAACCCACAAUGGUUGUUGCUUGCUGUGUAUAUCGAAGCGCUGUGUAUUGUCAGGUUGUGAGUUAUUUGUCAUCAUUCAACAAGACACAACAAGCUUUCAGAUGCACCCUCUACAUCCUUCAGUGUAGUCCAUCCAGGAGUUCAGAAUAUAUAAACCAACCUAGCUAAUUUA